AUGGGUCUGGCAGCAAGUCACUGCAAAGGAGUCUGGGCCCCAAGGGAAGUAUCCCUCACCACUUUAUCCACAGCUGCAGUGUUUGUGGUGUUCACAGUCAUUGGCAACCUGCUGAUUAUCCUGUCCGUCCUUUUGGACCCGAAUAAGAAUCUUCGCCGCACUCCUUACAUCUUGUUGAUUUUAAACUUGGCUAUCACAGAUUUGAUCGUGGGUGUCAUGGCAGAACCGCUGUCCAUGGUUACCCACUGGAGAGAGGCGCAUGGUCUGUCAAUCUCGUUCUCGAGUUUGUCGCAGUUCGUUUAUUUCAUGUGCUGUACAGCGUCACUGCUCAGCCUGGCCAUCUUAACAAUCGACCGCUACCUGGCCAUUACGUCACCACUGUGGUACAGAGCAAACAUCACCAACAUUCGCGUACUGCAAGGAUCCAUUGCUAUCUGGGUAUUGUCAGUGGCUUGCAGUGGUUUGUUAUUCGUCAUCGGAUUCGUGACGCUCGCUUUCGUGUUCGCCAACUUGACGCUGUUUUGCACAGUUUUCAUCCUGGUGUUUUCGUAUGUGCGCGUGUUCUUGACUGUAAAACAGAAGGUCAAGGAACUGAACAACUUACACCAAGGCGACGAGGAACGGAACAAGGCCCAAGAAAGAAACAUGCUUUGGGAGAAAAAGCUGACCAAGACGCAUUUAGUGAUGCUGGUAGCUUUCCUGGCGUGUUAUGGCCCAGCAUGCAUCAUGAUCUACAUCAUGAAUACGUGCAGUAGCUGUAGCUGCGAGGUCAUUCAUUGGUUAAGAGACAUGCAUUUUGUGUUAAUCACGCUAAAUUCUUUGAUCAACCCUUUCGUGUACGCCUUGAGGCUCCAUACUUUCCGAGAAGCUUUUCGCCACUUUCUUCGCCCUUUUCGGAGGUGUAGGAGAAGCGCAGUGGAACCUACUGGUGAAAACUUAAAGCGUGAAGGAAGUGAAAUAACUCAAUUCACUCAAGCAACUAUCAGAGGUCCGCUUGCCUCAGAAUAUUCAACAGCCUAA